CUGCUUCCAGUAUGCUCAGUCCCAAUCGCGAGGCCUUCCCUUCUAUGUAUGAGACAUGAACGCCUAUCGCUGCGCCCUCAAGGCGAGGGGCUCCCUCCGCCGCAGCACGUCUGAAGCCAUUGAGGCUGCCACGCCCUUUACGCAGGUCGCGCGCUUUGGCAACAGCGUUCGCCCAGAGGCUCCCGAAGACAAUCCGCCCAGCAAGUCGCAGCUGGUCAAUCCCGACGACGUCGACCAUGAGCGCGAGUUCAUCUUGUCCGUGCUCAGCACGACCGCGACCAAGCGCGACGCGAGGUCUUACCUUGCGCGCUACACGUCGCAAAAGCCGUCGCUCCCUAAGCUGGCCAAGAAGGUCCAGGACGCGGCCAACAAAGAUGUCGCAGCAGCCGAGCGCCACAAUGAUUGGAGGCUGAAGAAGACGGGCGUCAACCUGGGCAACCUCUAUGUGCCCGCCAAGGCCAUACAGGAGAGCCCCGUCUUUGCGCAUCAGCCCCUGCCGGAAAAGACGCCCAAGGAAACCGACUUGCCCCUCCACGUUGCGCUGGUGAAGGUGAGGGAGCCGCAGUUGUGGGACGAAGCCACGCUCUACGGCGUGAGCUUGACCCUCGGCCAGCUCGUCCGAUUGGGACUUAAUAUCGCCGUGGUCAUUGACCCUGACGAAGAGACGACCCCGGAAAUCCUAGAGAAGUUUACCAACGACUGGAGGCGCAAGGUCAUGCAGCAAUCGGACCGCCUUGUCGAGGCUCUGCGCCGACACACGCCCGCGGGAGCUCUGCGCGUCAACGAUGCUCUGAGCCUUUCCACCAUUGAGCAGGAAUUGCCAUCCAGCGUGCAGGUUCGUGGAGGAGUAGAAGUGGAGUACCCCAAUCUGCUUUUGCCGCUGCUGCAAUCCGGGACUAUCCCUGUGAUACCGCCGAUAGCAUUUACCAGGGACGACUUCAAGAUAAGCCGAGUACAUCCCGAUGACGUUGUGCUUGCCUUGACGCGCGAGCUCUCUGGCAUCAGGUCGAGGGCGCUCGCGGGCGAGUAUGCGCGGCCAAACCACGCGACGUUGCUGGAAAAGGUCAUUGUGCUCGACCCCCUUGGCGGGAUACCGUUCCCCAACCGGGACGACCGGGCUCAUGUAUUCAUCAACCUCGAGCAAGAGUACCCGCAAAUCCGAAAGGAUCUCACAGAAGCGACAGAGUUUGUGAAAGCGACGUUACCGAAGUCAAACGGCCAGGAACAAUCUUCCGUCUUGGGGAACUCGAAUCCGUUUUCCAAAUUCGCGGAGCGCGAGAUCCCCUCGCUGUACGUAGAGCCGCGGCGCGGCAGUCGCGCGGCCCUGUCCUCCGCUGGCAAACCGAGCCGACACCUCAAGAACCUGGACCUGGUCCAGCGCGCGCUGACGCUUCUGCCACCCUCGUCGUCAGCGCUCAUCGUCACGCCGGCCGAGGCCGCCAUCUCCGCGGGGCGACCGUCCUUUGUCGCGCCCGGCGUGGCAACGCGACGGUCCAAGAACCCGCUGAUCCACAACCUGCUCACGGACAAGCCGCUGGUGUCGUCGUCGCACCCGGACUCGCCGAUUGCGGCCAUCCCGUCGAUCCUGCCCGCCACGUUCGUCAAGCGCGGCAUGCCGCUGAGCGUGUUCCCGGACACGCAGCGGGCAGCGUGGAUGCCGCCGCGGGCGGGCGAGCCGACCAUGGACCUGGCCAACGACGCGCGCAUCGACCUGCCGCGCCUGAUCCACCUGAUCGAGGACUCGUUUGGGCGCCGCCUCGACGUUCCGCACUACCUUGAGCGGAUCCGGGGGCGGCUAGCGGGCGUCAUCAUCGCGGGCGAGUACGAGGGCGGGGCAAUCAUAACGUGGGAGCAGCCGCCGCCGAUCGAGACAGCCACCGGGCCCGUCGCCCGCCCGCCCGUCCCCUACCUCGACAAGUUCGCGGUGCUGAAGCGGGCGCAGGGCGCGGGCGGCGUGGCCGACGUCGUCUUCAAGGCCAUGGUGCGCAGCUGCCUCCCGGACGGCGUCGUGUGGCGCUCGCGCCGCGACAACCCGGUCAACAAGUGGUAUUUUGAGCGGGCGACGGGGACGCUGAAGCUGGACGCGUGGGAUCAGACCAAGUGGACCAUGUUCUGGACGACGCAGGGCGUGGAGCGCGACGAGGCGCUGUGGCGGGAUUAUCAGGCCGUGUGUGCGGGCAUCAGGGCGAGUUGGGCGGACACGAAACCGCCGGAUUAG